AUGAAAAUUAAUCUUAUAUUUCAUAGGAGAAUCCAUGCUGGAGGGCCUCGCAUAUGCAAGGAAUGUGGGAAAGCAUUUUCCAAGAAAAAAAAUCAUACACUUCAUAUGAGAAUCCAUACUGGAGAAAAGCCAUUCAUAUGCAAGGAAUGUGGGAAAGCAUUUACCCAUAAACGAAGUUGUACAGUUCAUAUGAGAAUCCAUACUGGGGAAAAGUCAUUUAUGUGCAAGGAAUGUGGAAAAGCAUUUUCCCACAAAUCAAAUCUUACAGCUUGUAUGAGAAUCCAUACUGGGGAAAAGUCAUUCAUGUGUAAGGAAUGUCGAAAAGCAUUUUCCAAGAAAUCACAUCUUACAGCUCAUAUGAGAAUCCAUACUGGAGAAAAGUCAUUCAUGUGUAAGGAAUGUGGGAAAGUAUUUUCCAAUAAACCAAAUCUUACAGUUCAUUUCAGAAUCCAUACUGGAGAAAAGCCAUUUAUGUACAAUGAAUGUGGGAAAGCAUUUUCCACUAAACCAGAACUUACAGUUCAUAUGAGAAUCCAUACUGGAGAAAAACCAUUUAUGUGCAAGGAAUGCGGGAAAGCAUUUACCAAUAAACCAAAUCUUGUAGUUCAUUUGAGAAAACAUGCUGGAGAAAAGCCAUUUAUGUGCAAAGAAUGUGGGAAAGCAUUUUUCACUAAACCAGAACUUAUAAUUCAUAUAAGAAUCCAUACUGGAGAAAAACCAUUUAUGUGCAAGGAAUGCGGGAAAGCAUUUACCAAUAAACCAAAUCUUAUAGUUCAUUUGAGAAAACAUACUGGAGAGAAGCCAUUUAUGUGCAAGGAAUGCGGGAAAGCCUUUUCUACUAAUCCAAAUCUUACAGUUCAUAUGAGAACCCAUACUGGAGAAAAGGACAAAAGGGAUGCACAAGACACAAACUUGGCACUAAAGAUCAACUGCUAA